AUGUCGUCCCGUUCGGUCCCUCACCGCCGACACCGAAGUGAAGAUUCGGAGGUAGAUGAGUCCGACUCCUUACAGCCCACUUCGGCAUCGAACAGCAAGCGCCAACGCCUGAGCCCCGCGCUCGAAGAUAGCGACGAGAGCGACGAGAAUGAGGAUACUGAAGGCGCCGAUGGCUCAACCAAAGCGCUUCCCCAGCCACCCCGUAUGGACCAUCGGAUCGGUCCUGGGGGUUACAAAGCGGGCGCGAUCGUGCGCAUCAAAGUAACGGACUUUGUGACCUACACUUCCGCCGAAUUCUUCCCUGGACCCAAACUGAACAUGGUCAUUGGACCAAAUGGGACUGGAAAGAGUACACUGGUUUGCGCUAUCUGUCUUGGUCUUGGAGGUGGCCCCCAGCACCUCGGACGAGCCAAAGAUCCUGGUGAAUUUGUGAAACAUGGCUGCGCUCAAGCUCAAAUCGAGAUUGAGCUCGCCGGACAACCGAAGCUAUCCCACAACCCAAUCAUCGGUCGGACGAUCAAGCGCGACGGGAACAAGAACAUUUUCACCUUGAACGGCAGACCCUCAUCCCAGAAAGAAAUCCGUAAACUGGCCAUGAAUUUCGCGAUCCAGGUCGACAAUCUGUGCCAAUUCCUACCCCAAGACAAAGUUGCCGAAUUCGCGGCGCUCACACCUGUCGAGCUUCUCCACUCUACACAACGAGCGGCAGCUGGCCCCGAGAUGGUUAAGUGGCAUCAAGGGUUAAAGGACUUGCGCGCCGAACAAAAAAGAGUCGAGAUCGAAAAUCGGGCCGAUAGGGAAGUGUUGACCAACCUCGAAAGCCGACAAGAGAUGCAGCGAGAGGACGUUGAACGAAUGCGCCAAAGGGACAUCAUCAAGCGCAAGAUGGAGAAUUUUGAGUUCGUGCGCCCAAUUGUGGACUACAAAGAGUACCAUCAGGCUUUCAAUGAGCUGAAGGCACGCAAGAUUGCGGCUGAACAGGCAUACGAAAGACUCAAGCAGGAGUCUGAACCUUCUCUAGCCACUCUCAAUGCAAAACAGGAAUACGCGGAGGAGAUCACCAUGGGGAAACAAUAUCGCAAAGAGCAAGUGGAGGAACUCUCUCGCAAGGCCACGGCUAAAAAGGCGGAGAUUGCAGAGUUAACAAGCUCUAUCAAGGAGCUUGAUGGCAAGAUUGAUGCGGAUAAAAAGUCUAAUACUGCAAACCGGAAAGAGGCCCAAAAAGUCCAGCAGGGAAUUAAGCAAAUGGAACGUCAACGGGACGAGGAGAGAGUGGAAUUCGAUCCGGACUUCUACAAUGAAAAGCUGAACGAGAAACGUCUUGAAAGGCGUGCAAACCAAGAUAGAGCCGCCGAACUCAAAUCCGAGUCGCGUCCACUGAAUGAGAAAAAAGUACAACUCGAUUCACAGAUUAACAACGUCCAAAGAGAGCUGGAGCGCUUGAAUUCUGCGGCUGGUAAGCAGGAAGCCAAACUGCAAAGCCUCUCGAGGGACACGCUCAAAGCAUACCGGUGGAUCCUGGAAAACCAAAGCAAAUUCAAAGAUGAAGUCUUUGGACCACCGAUUGUCACUUGCUCUGUCACCGACCCCAAGUACGCCAACGCCAUCGAGUCACUCGUCCAAAGAGGAGAUUUGUUGGCAAUUACAGUGCAAAACAAAGAAGAUUUCCGCACACUCCAACGUCAUCUCAACGUACAGCUGAAACUUUCCGAUAUCACUAUCAGGACUUGCUCUGUCCCACUGAGCCGGGCUGGCCAAUCUCCAAACAUUGACAUUAAAAGCCUCGGGUUUGAUGGCUGGGCCAAAGAAUUUUUGAGCGGGCCGGACCCAGUUCUUGCCAUGCUUUGUAUGGACAGGAACCUGGGUCAGGCAGCCAUCGGACUGAAUGAUAUUUCGGAGGCAGCGUUCACGGCGGCAGAAGAAAAACUUAACCUCUUCGUUUGCAAGGGGUCUGCCUAUUCUAUUAAACGCCGCCCCGAGUAUGGACCCGAUGCCAAGUCAACGGGUGUCCGUCAGCUCAAAAACGCUCAAGCCUGGACAACAGAACCAGCAGACGGCUCUAUCAAGGCGCGAUAUACUGAAGAUAUCCGUAAAUUAACGGGCGAGCGCUCGGAGGUUGAAUAUGGAAUCCAGCAGGGCCGGGAGCAGCUUGCUGAAUAUCAGAGAAUUGACCAGAGGAUCAAGCGUGAAACGGAACAAAUCGAAGCCGAGAAGGCCGAGAAGCAGAGUGCUCAUACCAUUUGGCGGGCUCUUCCAGGGAGAAUCAGCCAGCAAAAGCAAAAGCUCAAAAGCAUGACCGAUCUCUACGACAGCGUACGAGAGCAAGUGCGCCUCAAACGGAUCGAGCAAGACCAGCUCGCCAUGCAAAAGGGCGAGGCGACAAUUCAGUACUCUGUUAUUGUGGAACAAUUGUAUGAAAGCUACGAGGAAUUUAUGAAGGCCGAGCUGCUACAUCUGGAAGCAACUUCAGAUAUCCGAAUGCUGCAGGCCCGAUGCCGGGAUCAAACAACGAUGCUCGAGCUGAAACGCCAAGAGCUUCAGAAGCUUUCAGAAGAGUUCAGAAACUCCAGGCAGACUGGCAAACAGAAGUUGGAUAAGGCAAGGAGGGUCACCACAGAGGCCAACCAGCGCGAGGGUGGUGAAGAGGUCCUCGGGAUCAUCAACACCGAAGGCUACAAUAUGGACAGUCUCAAUGCCGACAUUGACUCUGAAAAGGCACGCCUGGAGCUUUCUCACGGUGGUAGCCCUAACAUGAUCAAGGAGUUUGAGAAUCGCGAGCGUCAAAUCGGCUCACUCAAGGAAAAGCUCGCAGGCGUGGACAAAAAACUGAACGAUCUCAACGAGGCACUCGAGGAGAUUCGCGAACGAUGGGAGCCACGACUGGAUGCCCUCAUUGCCAAAAUCAGCGAUGCCUUCUCCGAUUCUUUCGCACGCAUUGGCUGUGCCGGCCAAGUCGGGUUGGACAAGGUCAAGUCCGAAUCGCUCACCAGUGGUGAACCAGGCGAAAACGAGUACGACCAAUGGUCGAUUCAGAUCCAGGUCAAAUUCCGUCAAUCCGAGGAGCUGUCAAUUCUAAACGCCCAUCGCCAGUCCGGCGGCGAGCGCGCCGUGAGUACCAUCUUCUACCUGAUGGCCCUUCAAUCCCUGUCGGCCUCACCCUUCCGCGUCGUCGAUGAGAUCAAUCAGGGUAUGGACCCGCGCAACGAGCGCAUGGUCCACGGUCGCCUGGUCGAGAUUGCUUGUGCGUCAGACGAGAGAGAGGCAGACAAUCAUGGCAAUGCCAUCGGCGGCGGCGGCGGUGGAGGCCAAUACUUCCUCAUUACGCCCAAGCUGCUGACAGAAUUGUCCUACAAGCCCGGAAUGAGGGUGCUCUGUAUCUACAGUGGCGAGCACAUGCCACAGGACUACCAGGCGCUGGACUUUAGCCUGGCCAUUCGAAACAUGAAGUCGAUCGCAGCGCAAAACGGAAGGUCAAUCGGCAAGGGCAAGGGCAAGGCCCGAGCGAUCGCCAACCAUCACCAGGUCGAUGUUCACGCGUGA